AUGAGUAAUGCUCCGAACGGCGAAGCCGCGCGGAACGGCUUCUACGACGAUAAGCCGCUUCUGGAGCUAUAUGUCAAGGUAGGUGAAUAUCGGAUUAUUGUUGCGGAUUUUAGGAGUAUCAAUAGAGAUUGGAUAUCAAUAAAUCCAGAGUUUAUUAUUCUGCGUUAUUGUUAUUGUUUUAGGCAUCAGGAAUCGACAGUCGACGAAUAGGAGCCGAUCUCUUUUGCCAGGAGUUCUGGAUGGAACUCUACGCUCUUUAUGAAGUUGGAGUGGUCAGAGUGGAGGUGAAGACGGUAAAAGUGAACUCAGAAGCCUUCAAGAAGAAUUUCCUUGGUGCCCAGCCUCCAAUCAUGGUUGAGAGUUCAAAGGGUGUGACAUAUUCAGAUAAUCGAGAGAUCGAAGGAAGAAUAUUCCAUUUGGCCAAAGAGUUCAACGUUUCUUUGUUCGAAAAGGACCUUACCGUUGAGAAAACUAUUCAGAAUUUGUACAGAGUAAGCUUAUUUUUAUUUUACAGUCCGAAUUUAGAUUUCCGAUGUAAUACUUGAUGUUUUAGAAUUUCAAAGUAUUCCUCCAAGCGAAAGUUGGCCAUGACAGACAACUUCGUCAAGUCACAACGAUUCAAGAGCUCCCUACUCCAGUCCUCCUCACCUACAACAAACUCAUUGAGCAACUCACAGCCGUCAACAAUCUCCUUGCCGAACGAAAAUCCCGAUAUCUGGCCGGAGAUACGAUGACAGAAUAUGACUGUGAAUUGAUGCCUCGGUUACAUCAUGUGAAAAUUGUUGGUCAACUUCUCCUUGGCUUUGAGAUCCCCUCCGAAUUGACCCAUCUAUGGAAUUACAUCCUGACAGCCUACAGGACAGCAGCCUUCAUCGAGUCCUGUCCGGCUGAUCAAGAUGUUUUACAUCACUACAAAGAACAGCUAAAACUGCAGACGAAUCAACGAGAGACCCUCCAAACACCCACCAAAUCCUUCGGAAUACCUCAGAAUGUGUUGGACGAGAUCCGGAGACUGGGGCUUAAUUAA